UUCUGUUCUUUUCUCUUUCUCUUGAUCCUUCUCGACUCCUUCGAGCUGACUGCCUAUAUUUCGAUUUCAAUCUGUCCCCAAGCCCUCGGGUUCUCUCCUACUUGUCCCACUUGCUCCAGGCGGUUUGCUGCUGUCCGAUAAUUGCUUUCUCCGAUCCCGCAUCUCGCAUCGUCCGACAUCAUGAACCAGUAUCCCCGACCGCCGGUGCGCGAAUCGUGGACGGCGUCCAUAUCCGCCGACCUCUUCCUCCGCGUCCUCAACAUUACCCUGCUCCAUCCCUUCGUAGCGUGGAUCAUCCCGCUCUGCUUUCGCGCCGAACACCAAGAGUUCAAUACGAAGCCCAUGAUCAUUAGUAUCGCGUGGGCUUCUUUCGUCACCAUGCUGGCGAUAGCAAAUAGGUUCAGUCACAAGAUCGCCUACGGAAUGCACCGCGAGGUGAAUUUGAGCGACGAGGUCAUCGUCAUUACCGGGGGCGCUAGCGGGCUUGGUUUGCUGAUUGCUGAGGUGUACGGCAUGAGGGGCGCUACCGUCGCUGUUUUGGACGUCGCCGAGCUGGAGAACACCGAUGUCCGCGGCGUGACUUACUACAAGUGCGACGUACGGGACAAGGCCGAGAUCGCCAGAGUGGCGGGCGAAAUAGAGCGUGAUCUCGGACCGCCGACCAUCCUGAUCAACAAUGCCGCCGAAGUGGUUGGUAAGAAGCUACUCGAUAUGGAUAUGGAGGAGGUCGAGAAGAGCCUUACGACGAACCUCCUCGGUUAUUUCUACACUAUCAAGACCUUCCUUCCGGGUAUGAUUCGUAGCGAAGAUGGUGCCACCAUCGUGAACGUCUCGAGCGUUAUUGGUCAUCUCGGGGCCGCUCAACUCGCUGACUACGCUGCCGCUAAGGCAGGUGUCACGGCCCUGCACAAGUCCCUCGCCGCCGAGCUACAGGAGCACCCGGGAAUCAAGAUGAUCCUCGUCACCCCGGGUCAGCUAAGCACACCACUCUUCUCCGGCGUCAAAACUCCCAACUCUUUCUUUGCGCCAGUAGUGGAGCCCAUAGAAGUCGCUAGGGAGAUCAUCAAGGCCAUCGAUCUCGGUAUAAGCGAUCAUAUCGGCACCCCCCUCUACGCUCGUUGGGUCGAUUGGUAUAAUGUAUUGCCAGUCGGCCUGCAGAAGAUUGCUCGGAGGCUGUCUGGCAUAGACAAAGGCAUGACGACAUUUGUCGGCCGCAGGGGAACGGAACUGAGCGAGAAGAAUGGGCACCCGAUGUAACGGCCCAUCUACCGCCUACCGACUUGGGCCGGCUCGGAGG